AUGGCAGCCAUCCCUUGGAAUGAACGCACCCUUUUCACUCCAGUGGAGUCAGGCGUGGGAGGCCUUAUGGUUGGCAUGUCUGCAGCCAUGGCCUACCUCAUUGAUGGAAAGAUCACAGGGAUCUCGGGAAUCGUUGGCCCUUUCGUGAGGGGAGCUACGAAGUGCGAACCGGUGAAGGAUGGGCAGCUUUGGAAGCUUCUGUUUCUGACGGGCCUCUUCCUGGGCGGCUGGAUUGUCCUGGCUGCGAAUUGGGAUUUCUCCUUCCCGAACGUGCCCCGACUGAAUAUCUUUCAGUACAUCUUGGGAGGCAUUUGCGUGGGCAUCGGCACUCGAGCUGGCAAGGGCUGCACUUCGGGACACGGUAUUUGUGGCCUGCCGCGGCUGUCGCUGCGGAGCUGGAUUGCAGUGCCUACGUUUAUGGCUGUAGCAGCGAUCACGGUCCUUGUCACCCGCCACGCGAUCAAACCAUACAAUGUGGAGUACAACUCGCAGAUCGCACAGACGCAGUGGCCACCAGAGUGGGAAUUCCCGAUUUUCGCCCUGCUCUCCUCCCUGGCCCUCGUGGCACUCAGCGUCCUCCUGCCCACGAAGCCACGGAAGUUCGUCUCUCCUUUGUGCUCGGGCAUCAUCUUCGCCUUGGGCCUCGGCGCCAGCGGCAUGACUUCCCAAGCCAAGGUGCUGAACUUCCUGGACUUCGCAGGAUAUUGGGAUCCUUCCCUGGCAUUCGUCAUGGGCUGCGGCAUCUGUGUGAGCUUCCCUGCAUAUCUCAUUGCGGAGCGUGGUGGCAAGCAGCCCUUUUCUGAGGGAUGCACUUUCGAGAACCCACCGAAGAAAGGGAAUUACGUGCCGUUGCUGAUUGGUACCUCGCUGUUUGGCCUUGGCUGGGGUCUGGUGGGCGUUUGUCCUGGACCAGCAUUGGCCGGAGCGGCCCCGUAUAUCGCAGUGUGCAUACGUUCCGGCGACAUCCAGGAGCUGUACUUCACAAUGACCGCCAUCAUUGUGGUGAUAGCAUGGCUUGUGACUGACAGGCUAAUCGUGCAUUUUGGUCAGACGCAGUCUCCGGUUACCGCGACGACCGAGCCAAAAACUGGCCAGUGA